CGCCGGGCAUCGUCUGAAGAGCCGUUGGCUCUGACGCCUCUUCCUCUCUUCCUUCUGCGUCCAAGUUGAGAGUCACGUCGAAUCCCUUUCGCUCAUUCAUCCUCGAGGUUCCCUGGCGGAUCCGUCCCACUGGAAGUGUCACUUUGCCAGGCAUCACCACUGUCUUGUCGAGUUUGUCUGUCGGGCUGGUCCACAGGCACUCACUCACACAAAGAUUCCAACGCACUUCUGGCCCAGCUGAUCUCGCUCAAGAACUCUCGAGGGAUAGCACGAUUGGACUUGACCGCCGACCCCCAUCCACCAUGUCGUUCCAGCAAGGGGCCCCCAAGAAACCACGGCUGUCGCUCAAGAUAAAGACAUCAUGUGAGCCAGCCGCCCGACCAAGGCCUCAAGUCGAUCCCUCAGACCCAACCGCCUUCAACACUCUGUCCAAUGCCUACGUGACCGCUAUCGAGAGGUCCACGCCCCUCACGGCCAUCAACACAUUGCAGGCCUUCAGUCUCAAUACGCCAGUGGAACAUCAGGACUCGAGGCUGAGAGUGCACACCCCGUUCGUGGCCAGAUAUCCAGAGACACCACUCUCCGCUCAUCCGCAGUCGCCACGGGUCAUGGAGAUGAGCUUCCCCAGCACCAUGGCGGCCACACCACCAAUGUCUGGCACCACCGACUCCAAUGAGUCCAAGGUCUUCACCUUUUCCGUGGCGGACACGGGUGAACAGCCCCAGGCCAAGCCCACAGAUGACCGCAAGGGCAAGAGCCGCGUCCUCCCAUACAUAUCAACCAACCAUCUUCGCUGCCCUCCAUACACCCAGCCCCAAGUCCUCCACAGCAUUCUUCGCAACUCGCCUCUGCCACCCAAGACAGCCAUACCCCCACCGUCACCUCGCAGACAGUCGCUGCGACUGCAGGAAAAGGCUGCUCGACGAGUCGGGUACACGAGCCCACUCGAGCAGACCAUUGUGACGAACAAGUACACGAGGUCUCACAUCGACUUGCUGUCGGCAGAACCCUCCCCCAGCUCUCCAAGCAUGACAGCCCCAGCCUCACAGGAACCAUUGGACGCUGUUCUGUCCUUCACAUCCAACGAGAUCCAGGACGGAGGACAGACACCCGGUCCAUUUGAGGAGACACGCAGGCGAGUCACCGGCUCCACUGCCGUACCCUUGUCGCCAUCCUCACCCAUGGGGAUUCGCAAGCGCAAGAAGAAGGAGAAGAAGAGGCGGUGGGUCUGGACGAUUGGUCAAGACGAGGAGCAGAGCCAGGAGGUUGGUGGCACACUGGCUGCCAUGCGGCGUGAGGUUGCAAACGAGCGGAAAGACGAACAGGACGACCGGCGAACGCCCAUCGCGUUCCCCCCCGACCUUGAUCGCGAUGAGCUCCCGACACCCAGCGUGGAGAGCUCAGAUUCGGCAUGGAGCGAGAUGCGUGACGUGGAGAUGACAGAUUCGAGCAGCGUCGUGUCGGAGGAUCGACUCAGUGUGGCGCGCAGUGACACCGAUCCGGACGUGAAGACACCGAUCGCCCCGAGGAGGUCAUUCGGCACGGAGCAGAAGAGAGACACGCCCAUCCCAGAGCUGUCCGGCAGCAGGAGGGACACGCCUGUGCCACCAGAACACAUGAAGCGGGAUACACCCGUGCCGCCAGAGCUUGUGAAGCGGGACACACCUAUACCGCCAGAGUACCAAAAUUAGAAGAGAGUAUGGCGAGUUGAUCACUUGGCGACGAGUGAGGAGAUAUGGUGCUUGCGGCGGGCUGGAUCGCCAGCUUGUUUUCCCCUUUCCCCCUUUUUUUUACGAGACACGAAAUGAGCAAUGACUUUUUUUGGUAUAUAUUUUGGAGUGGGUAGCAUAGCAAAGGAGGCAGCAUUUAUCCAACAUAAUGAGCAUCGCCUGAAGGAUUCAUCAC